GCUCACCUCACCGCGGAACUCAAAGCACAGCUCGAGGUUCAAACCUGAGCUGAAAGCCGUAAAUUUAAAACCUGCGCUCUCCUCCACCUUCCGCUUCACUCUCGGAUUACAUCGGUGCGUCACAGACAUUGAGUUUACGAUAACCUUCCCAGAAGCGAAGUUACCUAAGACCUGGCUUCGGCAGGUAGAAGAAGAAGAAGUGGGAUGGCGAACCCGGUGACAGUCACUUGGUCCAAAGUAUAAAUGUGCUGAUAAGGCGUUUUUAUAAGUGGACCGUCGGUGACACGACGACAGAGCCGCCGCGCCACGCUGUCAUUCUGAACCUGGUAACCGCGUAAGUUAAUUGCAAGAUGAGUACAGAAGACCAACUCGCACCGCUGUCUCCCAAAACAUCACCCACCACACCAACCACGACACCAUUUACACAACGAAAAGAGAGUAACUCCUCAUCAGAAGACAACAGACAGGACAGCUGGGAGUUGGUUGAGGACUUGCGGGGACUGACAGGAAAUGUUCAGAAGCCUGAGAAGCAGGAAGGUUUGAUGUUGAAAAAAAGGAAGUGGCCAAUGAAAGGCUGGCAUAAGAGAUACUUCCUGCUUGAAAAGGGCAUCCUUACAUAUGCCAAGACUGGGACUGAUCUGAAGAAGGGGAGGUUACGAGGUCGCAUUGAUGUUGGUCUCUCUGUCAUGGCCAUGAAGAAGAAGUCAAUGUGCAUCGACCUGGACACCGAGGACAGUAUCUAUCACCUCAAGGCGAAGACUCGGGAUCUGUUUGAACAGUGGGUGACGCAACUACGCCAUCAUCGAAUGUUCCGUCAGAAUGAGAUAGCCAUGGAGCCUCCCGAGCGACAGCUGCAAUCUGACCCCACCUCCAACAGACGACGUUCAUUUCUCUCCAAGCAGCCUUCAGCCCUGUUGAAGAACAGCUGGCGGCAAAACUCUCAAGACAUGGAGAAGUGCUGUAAAGUAACAUUUUUAGAUCUGUCAGAGUGUGAGUCAGCGCUGCUGGAAUUAAAUCUGCUGCUGAAAAAUAUGGAAGUUCUUCACAGAACGUUCUCAGCACCUGCCAUUAACUUACUACAGACUGAAGGCUCCAAAAAAGAGAAACGAGGACACAAAAAAUGGAGGUCAAAGAAUAAUAGCAAGGAAAAUAAAAGCUCACAACAGCAAAAUCUUGACCCUUCAGCUUCCCGUCUGCACGUAUCUCACCCGAACUUGAUAUACUCAGAGCCUGUUUCACCAGACUCAUGUCUGGAUAGUCCAGACUCACCAACAGAAGCCUCUCGAAUGCAGGAGGAGUUCUGUCGGCUCGCUGGCACGGUUCAUUCCACUCUUCGGUCAGCAUAUACUUCCCUUUGCUCAGAAAGAGACAAAGUCAGAAACACAUUGGACUGUAUCAAUGAGAAGGUAUACAGGCAACAAUUUUAUUUUAUCUGUCUUUCACUGUAUAUGCUCAGUUGUUAUUGGCUAAAAUCAACAAGGCUAAUUAUGUCUCAAAUUUUCUCAACUUAUCAGGACAACAGCGAUGGGUCACGCCCUCUCCUGCAGCAAAUGUCCAGUGAGAGUCGAGGAUCAAUCCCUGAAUCCCUGUCAGAGUUCUUUGACGCUAAAGAGUAUCUGCUGUCUGGCAGCUCGUCUGAGAAUGAGGUGUCUGAUGAUGAUUCAUACACCAGUGAUGUGAGUGACAGCACGUCAGUGGAGUUUUGCAGGAAUGAGAACGGCAGCGCAAAGGAGAUUUUAAGUAAUGGCAACAGCUGUAAUGCGGUGCGAUGCAGUGCGGUGAUGCGGCGAGACCGUUUGCCGAGUGCACGCGUAAACGAGAGUGUGAAUCUGUGGAGUAUUCUGCGUAGCAACAUUGGUAAAGACCUGUCGAAAGUUGCCAUGCCCGUCCAACUCAAUGAGCCUUUGAACACGCUGCAGAGACUGUGUGAGGAAGUUGAGUACUGCCACCUGCUGGACACCGCUGCAAACACACACGACGCACACAUGCGUAUGGUGUAUAUAGCAGCAUUUGCUAUAUCUGCAUAUGCGUGUUCGUUAACUAGAGCGGGAGGGAAACCAUUUAAUCCUGUACUAGGAGAGACAUAUGAGUGUCUCCGGCCUGAUAAGGGCUUUCGCUUCAUUGCUGAACAGGUCAGUCACCAUCCACCUGUGUCUGCUUGUCAUUGCGAAUCUAAAAACUACACAUUUUGGCAAGAUGUCCGGUGGAAGAAUAAAUUUUGGGGAAAAUCCAUGGAGAUCGUUCCUAUGGGAGUCACUCAUUUAGAGUUGCCAGGUUGUGGGGAUCGCUAUGAGUGGAGUAAGGUCACUUCAUGCAUUCAUAACAUUCUGAGCGGUCAGCGCUGGAUCGAACACUAUGGGGAAAUGUCAAUUAAACACUCUACCACCACAGGAGAUGUCAGUCAUUGCAAAGUCACUUUCCUUAAGUCGAGAUCUGGAGGUCUGAAUGCUAAUGAGGUAGAGGGUGUGGUCAUGGAUUCAGAUGGGCGUGUCAUUCACUCACUGUUUGGCAAAUGGAACGAGGCCUUGUAUCUGGGCAAACCACCUUCGGCAACUUGCAUCUGGAGAGCAAAUCCCAUGGCUGAGGACCAUGAGCAGUACUAUGGAUUCACCCAGUUUGCAAUUGAGUUAAAUGAAUUGGAGGAGGGUUUAAAGCCACUCUUGCCCCUGACAGACACCCGUUUUAGGCCAGACCAAAGAUUACUUGAAGAGGGUGAUAUUGCCGGAGCAGAAGAACAGAAAGAAAGAAUUGAAGUCCUCCAACGAGAGAGGAGGAGAGUCCUGCAAGAAAACAACAUGACACACUCGCCCCGAUUUUUCAAGCGUGCUGAAGACGACUCGUGGGUGAGCAAUGGCACUUACUGGGACCUCAGGAAGGACCCUGGAUUCAGCAAACUAGAAUUCCCUGCGCUCUGGUGACCACCAGUGGAUUUGUGUCAUUGACUUUUCCGUUUCUGCUCUGGCUCUCGUUAUUCGUUUGCAAUCCUACUGAACACUGUGGGAUUUAAUGCACCAUGCUUAUGUUGAUGCUUUUGUAUUGGUAUUUAUCUUUGUUAAACAGACACAUUUACAGCACAAGCUAGAAAGUACCUCCUGAAACACAUUCAUGCCUUAAACUGCCUAGCUGAUGUUUAGAAGGAAAUGCACUGACCAAUGACUUUGUAAGUGUCUGGGUAUAAUUAGUGUAUUUAUAUUCAAUAUGCAAAGUGCAAAUCCUAUUCAUUAAUCAAGUUCAUUUAAAAAAGAUCCUCAAAUCGAAUCAAUUAAAAUAAAUUACACAAUAUUAAGACUAAUUUAGAAUCCUAAAAACAGACAAGUUCACCCUAAAAUGAAAUAAGAAAUUAUUUUUGUACAUUAAACUUAUAUUUUGGACCAUUACAGGUUUUUUCCAUUAUGACAUUAUUUUGUAUUGUCAUUCUCAUUACUGUAAUCUAAAAAAGAUUAUAUAUUUAAAUUGUAAUGUGUUUAUAUGGUAGUAUUCGUUAUGCUACCUUUCAAUGUUUUUCUUUCUAAAUCAGCACAAAAUAUUAUUUAAAAAGUCUUAAGUAUUACACUAAUGAGAAUUUAGCGUACUUGAUCGUCAUUAAUGUCAACUGGGAAAUAAAAAUAUAGGCUUGAUGCUCUUUUAUACAAAAUAUAAUUUCUUCAUUUGUUUUGUUUAAUUAAAUCAUGAUUGAUUUUGAGUAACUUCUGAGUGACCUGGACUAAAUGUUUUAAUGAGAUUUACACCAGGAGUGUUCCUACUGUAAGCAUUUGAAAGGCACGGUUCAUAAAUUGCUUACUUUUUCAUUCCACUUUAUAAUCAGGGAAUACAGAAAUCAAAAAAUAUAUCUAUAAAUAUUUUUGCACAUACUACAAUGAUGAUUUAUGCAUAUUUAAGGGACUUGCAAUGGUUAAUAGAAAUCUAAUAUAGCAAACUGUCUCCAUUAAUGAUUGUGUAAUGAAUGAGAAUUUCAUGUUGUGUACAUACUUGUCCUUUUUUGUGUAUGUAUGUAAAAGAGAGCGAGCGAUAGUCUACAUGUGCUGCUUGGUGUGCCUGUUACACUUGAUAACUGUUCUGUUUCGCUGUGGGUGUGGUGUUUUACAUGCUAUAAACACAGCAUUUCUUUCCUUCGUCAAGACUUUAAACAAAUCGAGGACUGUUGCUUUCAGAGGAUUGGGAAUGGAUUGCAUCAGUGUAUGACUGACCAUGUGUUCUGUUACACAAUAAAUGUAGUGAGCACAAAUCUAA